AUGGAGAAAGGUUCAUUCAAGUCAGCUUUCCUCAUUGUGCUCUUUCUUGUUUCAUAUGAUGGUGUGCAAUUCGGAGUAGAAGCAAGAGGACCAGUUGUUCGUUAUCCGUGCAACGAAUCUGCUCCAUGCCCCUCAUUUUGCUCAUGCGUCGAGAAUUGGUGUAAGUGUCCGCCAGCUAAAAUAUUGAAGUUCAUUCCUCAAGACAUCUCUACACACCCGCAAGCACAGAAGGAAAUGCCAUAA